AUGGUAUCCGCAUUUAAAGAAAGAUAUUUAAAUGCUGUAGAAAAAGUGCAGAUGAGAGCAACUAAAUUAAUUCCUGAUAUACGACAUUUAAGCUAUGAAGACAGAUUAAAAGUACUUAAACUACCCUCCCUAACUCACAGAAGGCGAAGAGGUGAUAUGAUACAAGCGUUCAAAAUAUUAAAAGGAGUCGAAGAUAUAUCUUAUGAAAGAUUUUUUACUGUCAUCAGUACUAAUACCCGUGGGCAUAAUUGGAAAUUAGCAAAACCUAGAUGUAACACUUCUUUUCGAUUAAGACAUUUCUCACAACGUAUUAUUAAUGAUUGGAAUAACCUACCAGUUGAAGUUAUUUCAUCUAAAACUGUGGAAGCCUUUAAAAUUAGUAUAGACCGUCACUGGGAGUCAGUCAUGUAUCAGUUAGGAAAUUGA